CAAAUAAUUGAGUCAGUUUUGAACUCAACUAUUUGAAUUAUCUGUAUGUCUAUAUAUAUGACAGGGGAAACUGACAAUGCUACUAUAAAGGCUUUACGAUCACGGCAAAUGAAAAACUUCCAUUUGGCGUUAAUGAUAUCCCAGGGCACACCAAUGAUGCUAAUGGGAGAUGAGUACGGCCAUACUCGAUAUGGAAAUAACAAUAGCUAUGGGCAUGAUACGGCCAUUAACCAUUUCCUUUGGGGUCAGUUGAAAGCACGGAAGAGUGAUCACUUCAGGUUUUUCUCGAACAUUAUAAAAUUCCGGCAUGGGCAUAAUGUAUUCAGUCAUGACAAUUUUCUUGGCAAGAAUGAUAUAACAUGGCAUGAAGACAAUUGGGACAAUCCUGACAGCAGAUUUCUUGCAUUUACGCUUCAUGACAAAGGUGGCAGAGACAUGUAUCUGGCAUUUAAUGCUCAUGACUUUUUGGUUAAAGUCAUGUUGCCUCCUGCCCCAACAAAGAGGAGCUGGUUUCGAGUGGUGGACACUAGUCUCGAAUCUCCGGAUGACUUUAUCCUCGAUGGUGUCCCUGGCUUAGGAAGCACCUACAAUGUAGCUCCAUACUCCUCCAUUCUUCUGGAAGCUAAGUCUUGAUUGCUCAAUUUUUUCAACCGCGUGAAUACCGGAAAGCUGCUUUAAGUUAGUUAUUCCCGCACUUCAACGAAGUUUGAGCUUGACUUAGUAACGUCUGAAGUGUAGCUUGACACUUGUAGAUAUAUACCAAGCAGAAGAAAACCUAUAUGUGUGCAAAAUGAAUGAGCAUCGCACUUUUGAAGGGGAUUAAUGUCGGAUUAUUUCAAGAGUCCAACAGGACUGGAUAACUUGGACGUAGUUGAUGCAGAAAUCGAGGAGUCUGUGAGCAUGUCAUGGCGUUUAUUUUGGAUUUGUGUGUUCUCUAAGUUCAACAUAUGAUGUACCAGUUCAUUAAUCAGCAGAACAGUGUGUAUUUGUGGAUUUAUGGGUUUUUUAGAAUAUCACGGAAAAUAACUCAAUUGAACUUUCUAUUGUAUGAUUGACGACUAGAGGGUCGCAACAAAUUGAUAAUUUACAAUUAACUUGCGAUUCA